AUGGAUAUAGUGGCGCAUCAUUUACACGAAAAAUUUCCAUAUUACAACAACGGUCAACUCUCGGCUUGUCGAGCGAUGCUCGUUUGCAGUCAUCAACUCAACUCUUUUGCUGUCGAGUGGGGUCUUGACCGUAUGGUUAAUGUCGACCUGAACCAAGCGAAAACAAAUAACAGAAUACUCGGUGAAGCUCUUGAGGCCUACAUUGGUGCAUACUAUCUUGACGCAUGCACGCUAUACGGAGAUAGUAAUGGUCAUGUGAAGGUGAGAGACCUGUGCAUCGAGCUGGUCGACCCUUUGCUCGAGCAAAUGAUGAAAACAUUCCUUUACAUUCGUAUUAACGAAGCAGUUCAGGAAAAGAAGUUACAGUUACGCCUACAGAGAAUCAAGGGGGCGCAUGCUGGAAUUUCAGUAAAUUCGCAAACUUCAAGUGCCGACAAAAAAAAAAGCGAGAAGAAGGCCGGGGCCUCCAGUGAUAAGACAAAGGAAAAACCAAAGGACACCGUGUCAAAAGAAUCGCAGAAAGUUACGGGAAAAGUUUUGUCGACUAAAAAGGAGAAGGUCAGCACGAGACAACCCGAUACAAGCGUUAAAUUGAAGGAUUCAGGGAAGUCACCGAAGAAAUCAGUUAAAUCUGUGCAAGAUGAAAUAUGUGAAUCGGACAAUACUGCGUCCGUAAAGUCCACCAAGAUGCCCCAGGUUUCAACAAAGUCUUCUAAGUGCAUACUGCCUAUUAAUACGCCGUCCGGCAAAUCCGAAUCUACCAUGAAUCCGGACAAAUGUAAAGAAACAGCUAAGAAAAAGGAGAAUUCUCAAGCAAAAUCUCAGGCGGCAAAGAACGAAUCGCCAAAGCUCUCUCGAGUAUCAACAAAAGAACCAUCGACCAUUGCAGAACCUGCGCCAAAGGUACCUGUCACACAGAAUAUUAAAAUAAAGUUACCUCGAAGAUCUACGGGAGUUUCAAGUAAUGUGACAGGUAAACGUAAGAAUCCCCAUUUACCAGAUAGACCGAUGACCGAAUUUAAGGAGCUUACUACCCCCCAGCUUGCGCCUACGGUGGGAAUGAGUACACCGGUGAAACUGAACAACGUGCCACACGACAUUAUAGCUUCACAUUUUACAAUAAAAAAACCUCGCCUCAUUGUACCAACAAUGGCGAGUUCCAAGUCAUCAAAUGUUCAACAAAAGUCCAAGGAAGUUAAAAAGGAACUUUUGAAGGUCAAGAAAGUUGCUAAGGUCGUUGCAGGUAACGAGCCCGUAAAACAAAUAAUCGCGAAAGCCAAAGGAUCUGUUAUAAAAGCAUCGGCCAUUCAAAGAAUCAAUGUAAACCGUUUAAUUGAAUUUUUAUUCUUUGCGUUAUUGGUCGCGGUCGAGGAACUAACGAUGUCACUGUUUCUACCAACCCAGCUGAAGAAGAGGCAAGAAGAUCUAAGUAAAUUAUCUAUUCAGGAAUUGACCAGCAAAAACUGCCAAAAGUGGGCUCAAGAAUAUCUGAAAGAGAAGCUCGUCGGCCUUGAGGCUGAACAUGAUGGAAUUGUCGUCAAAACGACGGAACUCUCAGAAUGUUCAGGCGAUGCCGACUUGAACCAGAGAAAGGGAAAACUGAUCCCGUUGAUUGAUAUGGUGAUAGAGCUGAGGUGGUCUGGCGUCGCGCCCGAUGGUACUGAAGCCGUGGGAAAAAUUCGCGUCCCAGAAUUGUUAGGAGAGGACUGUGAGUUUGAGGUUAGCGUGGAUGAAGAAACGUCUGCCAAAGAACCAAUAAAGGAAGUAGUUCGGAAUCACAUAACUCCUUUGAUGAGCGAGAAAUUUAAAAAUCUCGGAAAAGACAUGGUAGAAACUCAUAGCAAGGAUGUCUACAUUGAGCCUUCUAAGCUCGGAACGUCGACUCCUCCUCGACCAAUAACACCCAUCGAAUCGACCGGAGCUUCCAUCGAUCAAACUGUAAAUCCAACUUCUUACCGCACAACUCCCAAGCCUACGAGCACCAAUAUCAUCAACUCGACCACGAUCACAGACACCGUUGAACUUCAAACCUCGGCAAACCAGGUAUACGAGACCUUACUUGAUCCAAGUCUUGUGGCCGCUUGGACGAGGUCAAGGCCCGAUAUCUUCAAGCACGUUGGAAGUUCAUUUAGCUUGUUCGACGGAAAUAUCACUGGAACGAUCGUGGAACUCACUCCAAAUGAGAAGAUUGUGCAAAAAUGGCGCCUUAAAACUUGGCCCGAAGGUCAUUUCUCAACGGUCACUCUAAAAUUUGAGCAGACAAGCGAUCGUACAAUUGUCCACGUCACACAGGAAGGCGUUCCGGUCGGUGAGGAAGAAAUCGUCCGUCGCAACUGGCAGUCCUAUUAUUGGAAUUCAAUUAAGAGUGUUUUCGGGUACGGAUUAAUCUCACAAAAACCUACAAUUUCUACCAAAUCUCAAAUCACUUCACAAGACGGGAGUAGUAUUGAUGCGAUAGCGGCGGUGCCUGCCUUACCAUUCUUGCCUGAUCCAUUACUUGUGUUUGUUCCUAAAAUCUCCACAGAUUAA